UGAAAUUUCACUGAUUGCAAACCCGAACAGGGAGUUUGACUGCACCUUCGAGUCUGCGCGAUCGAUAAGAAUUGGUAGAUAAAGAUUCAGUGUGCGAGGUCAGAGACGUAUAUGGCUUGCAUAGUACAAGAGUGUGCAAGACUACAGAUUUUUUAGAAUAGUAAAAAUGGAUACUUCAGGUGCUUAUGGCGGCGGUAAGGCUGGUGGAGCUUUCGAUCCACAGGCAUUUAUUCAGAAGCCCACAGUGAUCGUCAGGGCGGUAUGUUGGUUAUUCUGCGUGAUUGUUAUGGGAUGUAUAUCAGACAAGGGCUGGUACGUCAAAAAAGCUGAUAACCAGGAGUACUGUGUCUACAACGACGAUACGAACGCCUGCAACUAUGGUGUUGGGAUAUCAGUUAUAGCAUUUAUAGCCUGCGUGGGUUUCAUCGUUGGGGAAUAUCUCUUUGAGCAGAUGUCGUCGGUGAAAACUAGGAAACAUUAUGUUCUUGCAGAUUUGGGCUUCUCUGGAUUCUGGGCUUUCCUGUACUUCGUGGGUUUCUGCUACUUGUCUAACGCCUGGGGCAAGACUGAAAACCCGCCCAUGGGCACCGCUAACAACAUGCAAGGCGCUAUAGCUUUCUGUUUCUUCUCCAUUUUUGCUUGGGUGGCAUGUGCUUUCUUCGCGUUCCAACGCUUUCGAAUGGGUGCUGAAGCGGCGUUUGCUCCGGCCUACGAGGUAGAAGGCACUGUAGGUAGCCCUGGAGGAUUUCCUGCUUACCCGGGCGCGCCUGACCCCCAGCCCCCAUAUAGCGACCCUCCAUUCUCGCAGCAACAGACUGGUAACGUUGAGUACACAGCCCCAACCUACUAAGAUCCCUCAAAUCUAUGGUUUGCUCGAAGACAAGAAGACAGUAAAAAGAUCUCAAAAGAUAUAGUCAAACUAAAAAUCUUUAUUUUUAUAUUAAGUUUGAUGAUAUUUAUUGUGCAAUACUUAUUAUUUUAUUAUAGAUUUAUUUAUAUUAUGUCACCAAAGUAUAUGUUACAAAUAUUUUUUAAAUGCUUUAUUUUUUAAUUAUUGCGAGUAUAACACACCAACCAUAUUGACCUUACAAAUGUAAAACGUCACAUUGACAGAUUUUAAAAUUAAAUUUUUGAAUGAAAGUUUCUGUCUACUGUCUGUCAAAAAUGUUUAAUUUUUAGUACUUAAGUAUUGAUCUUUUUUUUUCAUUUAUUGAAUGUUUAUUAACUUAUUGAUUUUUGUACCUAAUAGGUAUAAUAUGUAUAUUUGACAAUAUUCCCUUUACAUCGCUGUACUAUAAGAUCUAUAUGUAAAUAAAGAGUUUAUUCAAUGUAGUGCCAUAGUAGCCUCUCUUGUAAGAUCCUAUAAAUAGAAAAAAUAUCGUUUUCUAUAUACAGGAUCUUUGUUCUGAGUGGUUUGCUGUUUUCUAAUACCAAAUAUACUAGAAGGCAAAAAAAAAAAUAUUGGAGGCGAAGUAUUAAUCUCUAGUCUAUGUACAUUUAUUUCAAAGAUAAAAACUAGUAUUGUUGCGCUGAACUAAUGUACACUUUCAAAAUGUUAUGUAGUGAUGAAAACAGAAAGGUGCAUGAGUUUAAAGUUUAAUAAAAUUAACUUGGUUUUUAUUUUAAACAAUAGAAGAGCAUAAAAAUAUCAUUUUGUAUACUGUUAUACAUAUUAUAUACAAUCAUAAUUGUAAGAGAAGGUUGUCUGUAUCAAACAGAAAUCAACAUCCCAUUGUAUGGGCUGACACUAAUAACACCGAAAAAUUAAAAACUAUACUAUUAAAGUGAAGUUUUAAUAUCUAUGAUGAAAUAAGUAAAUGUUAGUAUUUUACUAAAUUAAUGCAAUAUUGUAUCUUGUAAGUAGAACUAUAAGCGUGGUCUAAGUAAGGUACAAAGCUGUUUUGAAUCAUUCAUAUAGAAAUAAUGUUGCCAUCUUAAUAUAAGGACAGUAGGUAAAUACUGGCCUAUAUGUGUAAGGCUUGAUGUUUUAGUGUUCUAGUAGAAACAUUUCGUGUACAACCAGAUAUUUUUUGUAUGUUGAAAAUGUAUAAAUGUUUAUAGAGUUUUUCACUUCCAUAGCUUGCACAGUUAUUAGUUUUGUAGUAAAGUGAAAUAUAUUAAAGGCUUAUGCAUUUGUUCAUAUUUUUGUGUUAAAUGUAUAAAAUAAUAUUCGAUAAAUGGCAUUAUAUUAAAUUGUAUUUUCGAAAUGUUACCAUGAGAAACGAUAUCUUUAAUAAAGCUUCUGAGACUUGUUAAUAGAAAAAUAUGUAAGAUGUUGCAUAGAUAGUUAUUUAUUCAGUAUUAUUAAAAUAGAUUGUGCUUGUCGCCUUUGUAUUGUUUAUUUUACAGAUCUGUGCUUUAGAUAUUGGUAGAUUAGAAAAUAUAUUAGGUAUGUUUUAAUUUUUAACUGAGAGAGUUGGAUAUUAUGAGUGAUGCAAAAAUAUUUAUAAUUGAUAAUUAUGAUAUCUUUAUUAUUUAGACUCCAGUUGUGUAAUUUCUCUCAAGUCUAAAAAGUAACAUCAUUUGCUUAAAAAAAAUUAAAAGAAUUACUAGGUACUGAUUGUACUGAAUUUACUCAAAGGCUAUUUGUGGGAAAUAAUGAUUAGCAACUGAGCUAUGUCAUUGUCAUACAAACAGGUUUAAGUGACACUUUGAAAAUAAACCUCACUUAUUACAGUUUUGUUUCAAGAAUCGAAUUUUUCUAAUCCUGCAGAAGAUAACUGUAUAAAAUUAUUUUUAUUAGAUUGUAAACUUAGAAACAUAAUUUCUACUUUUCACAGCUGAUCUGGCUACUAUUGGCAUAAUUUUGUGUAACGCACAAUGAAAGUUUAUUACAAUUUUGAUGGUGAAAAUUAUGUUUGUAAGUUUAGCCUUAUUGUGUAUCUGUUGUAAAUGUAAAUUGAAUAAUAUAUAGGUAUUGUGGAAA